AUGGCGACGGUCAUCAGCAAGGUGAAGGUGGGCGGCGGCACGCUGACGCGCGCGUCGCACGCGUCGGCGUGCACGCAGGGCACGAUGACCUUCGCCGUCUUCGUCCCCGACAGCGUCUGCGGCCCGCCGGCCGGCGGGUGGCCCGUGCUCUACUGGCUCAGUGGCCUCACGUGCACGGACGAGAACUUCUCGACCAAGGGCGGCGCCUUCGGCUUCGCCGCCAAGGAGGGCGUCGCGCUCGUCAUGCCGGACACGUCGCCGCGCGGCGCGGGCGUCGCCGGCGAGGACGAUUCCUACGACCUCGGCUCCGGCGCGGGCUUCUACGUCGACGCGACGGCGCCCAAGUGGGCCAAGUACCAGAUGUACACCUACGUCACGAAGGAGCUCCCGGCGCUCGUGGUGGCCGAGUUCGCCAUCUCGCCGACGCUCCAGAGCGUCUUCGGCCAUUCCAUGGGCGGCCACGGCGCGUUGACGUUCGCGAUGCGCGACCCGGCCGCGUACGCGUCCGUGAGCGCCUUCGCGCCCAUCACGCACCCGACGGCCGUGCCCUGGGGCCAGAAGGCCUUCGGCGAAUACCUCGGCGGCGUCGAGGGCGCGCCGGACGCGUGCGACCUCGUCGAGAAAAGCGGCCCCUUCGACUUCGAGAUUUUGGUCGACCAGGGCGACGCGGACACCUUCCUGACGGGCGACGUCGACCAGCUCAUGCCGACCAAGUUCAAGGAGGUCUGCAAGGCCAAGAACCAGAAGCUGCGCCUGCGCACGCGCGAGGGCUACGACCACUCGUACUACUUCAUCUCCUCGUUCGUGGGCGAGCACGUCGCGUUCCACGCCGCGGCCCUCCGCGCGAGGGCCCUCGCGGCCGUCGUCGACCUGCCGCCGCCGGUGCCGACGACGGCGACGUCCGUCCUCUCCCAGCUCCACAGCGCCGUCGUCGGCUGCCCCGUGAUCCACCAGCCCAUCACGUGCAAGGCCAUGGUCGCGUGGAAGGCCAAGGAGGACCUGAAAUUGGAGACCAUCGUCGUCGCCCCGCCGAAGGCCGGCGAGGUCCGCGUCAAGGUCGUCGCGAACGCGCUCUGCCACACGGACGUCUACACGUGGUCCGGCCAGGACCCCGAGGGCCUGUUCCCGUCGAUCUUGGGCCACGAGGCCGGCUGCAUCGUCGAGGCCGUCGGCGAGGGCGUCACGUCCGUCAGGGUCGGCGACCACGUCGUCCCGGGCUACACGCCCCAGUGCAGCGAGACGAGCUGCAUCUUCUGCAUGAGUCCGAAGACGAACCUGUGCCCGAAGAUCCGGUCGUCGCAGGGCAAGGGCGUCAUGCCCGACGGCACGUCGCGCUUCUCCCUGGAGGACGGCACGGUGCUCUACCACUUCAUGGGCUGCUCGACCUUCGCCGAGUACUCGGUCCUCGCGGAGAUCUCCUGCGCGAAGAUCGCGCCGACGAUGCCGUUGUACAAGGCGUGCCUCUUCGGCUGCGGCGUCUCCACGGGCAUGGGCGCCGUGCUCAACACGACGAAGGUCUACCCCGGCGCGACCGUCGCCGUCUUCGGCCUCGGCGCCGUCGGCCUGGCCGUGAUCCAGGCGGCCAAGACCGUCGGCGCGCGGCGCAUCAUCGCCGUCGACAUCAACCCCGACAAGUUCGAGCUCGCGCGACAGAUCGGCGCCACGGACACGGUCGACCCCACGGCCUGCGAGAAGCCCGUGCAGCAGGUCAUCGUGGGCAUGACCCAGUGGGGCGUCGACUUCUCCUACGACUGCACGGGCAACGUCCAGGUCAUGCGCGCGGCGCUCGAGUGCGCGCACCGCGGCUGGGGCACGUCCUGCGUCAUCGGCGUCGCGGCGUCGGGCAAGGAGAUCUCGACGCGGCCCUUCCAGCUCGUCACGGGCCGCACGUGGGUCGGCACGGCCUUUGGGGGCUUCAAGACGCGCACGGACGUGCCCAAGCUCGUCGACCAGCACCUCGCGGGCGAGCUGCCCAUCGACCACUUCAUCACGCACACGCUCCAGGGCGUCGACAAGACCAUGGAGGCCAUCCACAUCCUCGAAUCCGGCAAGUGCCUCCGCUGCGUCGUCCUCUACUAG